ACGUGCUUCCGGUUAAAGCUGCUGUCAAAAAAGUACCAAAAUCAUAGAAAAUGGAAAAAUCAACAUGUAGUUGGAAUUUGUCAAACCUUUUAAAUGAUUUAUGUUCAUUAAAUAUUCCAAUUUGCAAGGAUGUCACGAAGUAUCUAAGCAAACAGAUAUGGACUCCAGGUGAUCGUUCAAAGAUUUUAAACAAAUUGAGUGAACUGUUUAUCAAGGAAAAGACGUUAAAUAUUGCAGUAAAGUGUCGGCCAGUUCUUUUAGAUAUCGUAUGGAGAUGUAGAAUACAAAUAGAACAUACAGAAUUUGACUUCAAGCAACAUCAAGAUUUCUGCAUUUCUCUGAGCAAGUGUUUAUACUGGCCAGAUAUUCAGAGGUUUACAUUGGAUUAUAUAGCUCAGAAACCAGGGUUUAUACAGUCAGAAGAUGAGACUAGUGUGGAGCCAAGAAGGAAAAAAGCUAAAAAAUCACAGACAUAUGAAGUAUCAGUGUGCCGAGCAGCAUGGUUGUUUGCCUGUUACCUAGGAGAUGAAUCAAGUCAUGUGACACCAUUAAAGCAUUUGAUGCCGUACCUGACACAUGACAAUAAUGAUGUUAGAUGGUUUGCCUGUCAGGCUGUAAUGGAACAACAAAAAUUAUCAUCAGAUGCUAGAAGAACAUUUUUAGAUAAAUACUUUACAGAGCAGACUUUAAGGGAAUUAAAGAUAAGGCAUAAGCUAAAUAUUCCUACAUCAUCUAGUGCUGUUCAGUCAUGUAUAAAUUUGGAGAUAUCGACCAAUCAACAGUCUCAUACACAUCACAUGAUUUAUGAAUCUGACCUCUGUGAAAAAGUCACAUGUAUAGGAGGUGUACUUCUGUCUAAAGUUACCAGUUCACAGACAGAUGAUGAGUCUAGUGCACAUGAUUUGGACUUGUUACCAGUUCCCUCCAAUGAAGCCAACCUUUAUAGUCUAGCUCUAGCGGUUUCCUCAGGUAGUCCAGUAUUACUACAGGGGGUAGUCGGUUCUGGUAAGACAAGCUUGGUUGAGCAUCUGGCUAGACUUACUGGCCGCACCGGACCACCAGCUCUGAUGAAGAUACAGAUGGGAGAUCAGAUGGACAGCAAGGCUUUAUUAGGAACAUACAGAUGUACAGAGGUACCAGGUGAAUUUAUCUGGCAGCCCGGGGUUCUAACCCAGGCUGUAACUAAUGGUUACUGGGUUGUCAUGGAGGACAUAGACUAUGCUCCAAUGGAGGUUAUUUCUGUACUGUUACCAUUACUAGAGACUCGAACCCUGUCAGUACCCGGUCAUGGCGAUAGUAUCAAGGCUUCACCAGGCUUUCACUUGUUUGCCACUCAAAGGUUGUUAAGUGGAAGUUCAGGCUGGAGUAAACAACAUAAUAGUAACAGUGCUUUACUGGACAAACUGUGGACUUCUAUACUUGUGGAACCCCUCUCCAGAAAUGAACUUUCUAAGGUUUUAUGUAUAAAGUAUCCAAGUCUGGAGACUGUAGUAGAUAAACUAUUAGAUAUCUACUUCCUGUUGUCUGCUGGUGGCCACCAGGGGGCGUCAGAUGUUGCUAUGGAGACAGAGAUUGAGUCAGUUGGCAAGUUUCUUUCACAUGAUGGAAGACAAAUAUCAACCAGAGACCUGAUAACUUGGUGUGGAAGAAUUGCUAAAGAUUUUGAUGUAUCAUCAUCAGGGGCAGGUAACUUUGUACUCCUGGAAGCGUUGGACUGUUUUGUUGCAUGUUUAUCGAAGCGUGACAGGCGUAUACCUCUUGCCGAGGCCAUUGGAGCUAAACUUAACAUCACAAAAGUCAAGGUGGAGUAUUUUUGUGACAAGUAUAAACCAGAUGUGACUGCAGCUUCCAAGACAUUUAGUGUCGGUAGAGUUACAUUGCCUGUAAUAGAAACAUCUUCCUUCUUACAAUCAAGAAGAAGAAACACGUUUUCCUAUACUCGUCAAUCAAGUGUGUUGUUAGAGAGAGUUGCUGUUUGUGUCAGAAACCAGGAACCAGUGUUACUUGUUGGAGAAACGGGAACCGGAAAAACAUCUUCUGUACAAUAUCUGGCUGAACAACUAGGGCACAAGUUACAUGUGAUUAACAUGAAUCAGCAAAGUGACAGUGCUGACCUGCUUGGAGGAUUCAAGCCGGUAGAUGUGAGACAUAUUAUCAAGCCAUUUUAUGAAGAUUUUGAAUUACUGUUCUGUAAAACUUUCUCCAGAAAACAGAAUGUGAAAUUCCUAGGACAUUUACAUGAUUGCUUUGGAAAGAGAAAAUGGGACAACCUAUUUUCCUUAAUGGAUCAUACAACAAAAAAUGCCCUUGUGAAAUUUGAAAAAGAAGCAAAAUUUCUAAAAAAGUGGCAAUCUGUAUCCACACGUUUGUCACAGUUGAAGAUUCAAGUUCACCAGACACAAAAUGCACUUGCUUUUACUUUUAUGGAGGGUAGUUUAGUGAAGGCUAUAAGAGCUGGAGACUGGGUAUUACUGGACGAGAUAAAUCUGGCUGCCAUGGAAACACUAGAAUGUUUAAGUGGUUUACUGGAAAGAACAACUGGCUCUGUGUUGCUCAUGGAACGUGGGGACAUUGAACCAGUUAUACGUCACCCAGAGUUCCGACUAUUUGCUUGUAUGAAUCCAGCAACAGAUGUAGGCAAGAAAGAUUUAUCUCCGGGUAUCAGAAAUAGGUUUACAGAGUUGUUUGUUGAUGAGUUAGAAGAUACUUCAGAUUUAAAGAUCUUGGUGUGUGACUAUCUUCAAGGUCUCUCACUGACAGCUGGACAGAUUGACGGUAUUGUGAAAUUUUACCUCACCAUACGGAAUGAGGCAAGUAAGAAACUCACAGAUGGGACAGGUCAUCCUCCCCACUACAGUUUGAGAACAUUGUGCCGGGCAUUAAGAUACGCUGCCAGAAACACAUGUGGCUCUGUGCCAAGGUCAUUGUAUGAGGGAUUUUGUUUGAGUUUUCUCACACAGUUGGACAGAAUAUCUCAUCCUGUUGUACAGCAGUUGGUAUGUCAACAUAUCCUGGGAAAGUCCAACAUUAAAUCUGUCCUUAAACAGCCACUCCCUAUGCCUCCUGGUGGGCGGAGCUUAAACUUUGAAGGUUACUGGAUCUCAGUGGGUGACCUUGAACCUCACACACCAGAUGACUAUAUACUGACACAGUCAGUGAGAGCCAAUCUGAAAGAUCUGGCAAGAGUUGUGGCAGCAGGACAACACCCAGUGUUACUACAGGGAGAAACUUCUGUUGGUAAAACCAGUCUGAUCAAAUGGCUGGCACAGUCUACAGGUAACAUAUGUGUACGUGUAAACAAUCAUGAACACACGGAUCUUCAGGAAUAUGUUGGUUGCUAUGCUGCUGAUGAGAAUGGAAAAUUAGUUUUUAAAGAAGGUGUGCUAGUGGAGGCCAUGAAGAAAGGACAGUGGAUUAUUCUAGAUGAGUUAAACUUGGCACCAACAGAUGUACUAGAGGCUCUCAACAGGUUGCUGGAUGAUAACAGGGAGCUGUAUAUACCAGAAACACAGGAGACUGUCAAAGCUCACCCUAAAUUCAUGUUGUUUGCUACCCAGAAUCCUCCAGGACAAUAUGGAGGCAGAAAGAUGUUGUCAAGAGCAUUCAGGAACAGGUUUGUUGAGCUUCACUUUGACCAGAUACCUAGUAAAGAGUUGGAGACUAUACUGCACGAGAGAUGUGAUAUUCCUCUAUCAUACGCAUGUCGUCUUGUGGCAGUCAUGUUGGAGUUACAGACUCGCAGGAGGGGAUCGGGAGUGUUUGCUGGGAAGAUGGGUUUUAUGACACUCAGAGAUCUGUUUAGAUGGGCAGGUAGAUACAAGUGUCCUGAGAUGGAUGGGAAAAAAUUCUAUGAUUGGGACAAACACUUGGCUGAUCAAGGUUACAUGUUACUAGCAGGAAGGGUCAGGAAACAAGAAGAAGCUAAUGUGAUACAAGAAGUAAUCCAGAAACAUUUUAAGUGUAAACUUACAGCUACCUCUCUGUAUACACUGAAUGCUUCAACGUCCUUGACCUCCAAAUCUUGCCUAGAGAAUGUGCUUGGCCAAUCAGCAGACGGCUUUCAUCAUGUUGUUUGGACCUACAGUAUGAGAAGAUUAGCUGUUCUGAUUGGACAAGCCAUCAGAUACAAAGAACCAAUCUUAUUAGUUGGAGAAACUGGGUGUGGUAAAACAACAAUGUGUCAGAUGUAUGCAGCCCUAUAUAAGACAGCAUUACACAGUGUUAACUGUCAUCUUCAUACAGAAAGUGCCGACUUCCUAGGUGGUCUUAGACCAGUCAGGGCACACUCUGAGGAAGAUAAAAAAGACAAGUUGUUUGAAUGGGUGGAUGGCCCUUUGGUACAAUCCAUGAAGGAAGGAGCCAUGUUCCUUAUAGAUGAAAUUUCAUUGGCUGAUGACAGUGUCCUUGAAAGGUUAAACAGUGUUCUUGAAUUAGAACAGACAAUUCUAUUGGCUGAAAAAGGAGGCGGAGAUGGGAACCAGAAUGAGGUGGAGCAUGUGGUUGCUAAGGAAGGGUUCCAUGUGUUUGCUACAAUGAAUCCUGGUGGAGACUUUGGAAAGAAAGAGUUAUCACCAGCAUUGCGUAACAGAUUUACCGAGAUCUGGUGUCCACCGUCCAAUCAGAGACAAGAUCUUGUUGACAUCAUAGAACAUAACUUGCAUUCUGGGAUACAUCUGUGUAAUCAGGAGGAUGGUACAAGUGGUAUUGGUCGAGCCAUGAUGGACUUUGUAGAAUGGUUUAGUAACAAUGAGCUUGGGAAAAGAUGUACAGUCAGUAUAAGAGAUAUACUCACCUGGGUACACUUCAUUAACACCUGUUCUAAAACAAUGGAUUCUGAUGUUGCCAUGGAAACAGAAGAUCAAGUCUGUAAUAAACUGGAUCCUGCAGUAACAUAUAUACAUGGAGCUUGCCUCGUAUUCCUGGAUGGUCUUGGUGCAGGUACAACAAGCCAGGGCAAAGAUUCAGUUGUAUCCCACCUUAGGACUGUUUGUCUUUCGUUCCUAAUAAAACAAGUGAACUUAUUGACCCAUCAGGAGUAUAACCUUGGUGACCUUCAUCUCCUUGACAACAGUCAUGUGACACAUAAUGCUGUCCAAGAAACAGAGCAAGAUUUCCGAAUACCGCCAUUUAGUAUUCCAUUAGGUGAAAAGAGAAGUGAGAAAAAGCACCAGUAUGCUUUACAAGCCCCGGGUACAUGUCUAAAUGCUCAGCGUGUAUUGAGGGCCCUACAAUUGCCCCGCCCACUUCUCUUAGAGGGCAGUCCUGGUGUUGGGAAAACAAGUCUUGUAGGGGCUAUAGCUAGAGCUGCUGGACGAGAACUAGUCAGAAUUAACCUUUCUGAACAAACUGAUGUGACAGAUUUGUUUGGGGCAGAUUUACCAGUGGAGGGAUCAGAAGGGGGAGUGUUUGCGUGGAGAGAUGGCCCUCUUUUACAGGCCCUCAAAUCUGGCAGCUGGGUGGUUCUAGAUGAGUUGAAUUUAGCAUCACAGUCAGUGUUGGAGGGGCUAAAUGCUUGUUUAGAUCAUAGAGCGGAGGUAUAUAUACCAGAAUUAGGUAAAACAUUCCAUAUACAACAUGAGAGGACCAGGCUAUUUGCAUGUCAGAAUCCAUUAAACCAAGGUGGUGGCAGGAAAGGUCUGCCUAGAUCUUUCUUAAACAGAUUUACACAGGUUUAUGUUGAGCCAUUAAAGAAGACGGACUUGAUGUUCAUAGCAACUACAAUGUAUCCUGAUAUACCCCUAGAUAUACUUAACAACAUGGUCACCUUUAAUAUGCAGAUACAUGAAGAGACAGUAGUUAAGGGACAGUGGGGACAAAAAGGGAGCCCCUGGGAGUUUAACCUGAGAGAUUUGUUCAGAUGGUGUGACUUACUCAUAGAUAACCAGAGUUUAGGAAACUAUAACCCUGGGGAAUAUGUUGCACUGGUGUAUGCCGAUAGAAUGAGGACUGUGCCAGACAAACUACAGGUCUAUGACUUAUACGAAAAGAAUUUUUCAGCUGACUUGGAAGCAUAUAAACCAACAAACAUAUUUCACCAUGGAGGUCACCUAGUACAAAUAGGUCACUCAUUUCUCAAGGUCAGAGGUGAAGGUCAUCUCCAUAGAAACAGAAGUGUUUCCAUGGAAAUAUUACAUCAUAGUCUACAACCCCUGGAAUCAGUCAUGAAAUGUGUAGAAAUGAACUGGAUGGCUAUUCUGGUUGGUCCCUCUAACAGUGGUAAGUCUAGUGUUGUAGAAAUGUUAGCUCAACUUUCUGGGAACCAGCUGAAUGUCCUAGCCAUGAACAGUGCCAUGGAUACCACAGAACUGCUUGGAGGAUUUGAACAGGCUGAUGACAGCAGACAUUUAGAAGAGCUUGCAGCAGACGUACACUCUAUAUUAAACACUGUAUGUGAACACUGUCUACUUAGUGAUGACCAGGGCUGCUUGGAUACGGUUGCUAGGUUACAGGAAGUUUGGACAGAUCUACAAAAAUCCCAAACAUCAGGUGACAAAAGAUCUAAUGUUGAAGAGUUAGGAUUGAUGAAAUCUCAAGUUGCAUCAUUGUUGAAUAUUUUAGUCCUUUGUAAGAAGUCGUGGAAAAAGCUAAGCAUUACAAAAGAAAUUAAAGAGAAAGUCAGCCAAGUAAAGGUGAAAUUGGAACACUUGAAACAUAAGCUGUCAUUGGCUGUUGCUGGACAAGGGGGAGGAGCUUUUGAAUGGAUUGAUAGUUUAUUGGUCAGAUCAUUGAGGGAGGGGCAUUGGCUGUUGAUAGACAAUGUGAACUUCUGCAGUGCCUCAGUGUUAGACAGACUUAAUGCCCUGUUGGAGCCUCAUGGAGUGCUAUCUAUCAAUGAAAGAGGGGUUAUAGAUGGAGAAAUACCAACAAUUCAACCACACCCAAAUUUCAGACUAUUUUUGUCAAUGGAUCCCCGUCAUGGUGAAAUAUCUCGUGCAAUGCGGAAUAGAGGAGUGGAAAUUUUUGUUCCUGGAGAGGAUGAUGGAAAAUUGUUCAGUGACUUUGACUUACGACAGAUAUUUUGUAGCUCAGGAUUAAAGUCAAGGCCUGUAUUUGAUUGGUUAAUGAAACUACAUCACCUCCUUGCUGAAGAGUUACCAAGGGGAGAUAAACCUAGUGUUCAGAACCUUCUGCAAGUGUGUAGACAAACAGUUCAGCAGUGUAACCAUGGAAAUGACCUUGAGAGGUCACUGAGGUCAUCAUGUUACAGUGUUUAUGUUCAGAGACAGAGACAUAUGCAGUCAAAGCAGAAAGCAUCAGAGAUUUUGGACCAGGAAUGUAAUGUACUUAAAGAUGUUGUCAAUGAUGUUUGUUCAGAAGCAGAACUAGGUAUCAACCCUGUUAAGUUACCAUGUGUGUCAGAAUACAUCACUGAUAGUGGCAGUGCUUUGGUUGUGAAAAAUAGUGCUGUGUUUAUACAUCUGCUGGAGCAAAACAGAAAAAGUAGAGAUGUGGAGGAUAAACAGAUGCUAAAGCAUGCCCUUAAUCUGGUACUUCAAUUAUCAACAAAAAAUACUCUUCAAUUAACUGUUGACUGGUUACAGAAAUUCUGUAAAACCAUCAACCAGUCUGAAGAUUUGUUAAAAUAUGGAGUGUCCAGUCUACAAGAAAUUAGCAGUCAGUUGAUGGCUACUGUGAUGAACUCACGUUUUCAAGAAACAUUGGCGAAGGUUACAAAUGAUUGCAUGAAUGAGUGUACGUUGGAUCAGCGGUGGAAUAUUCAAUUAUAUCAGAGAUUCGUGCACAACUAUACUGGCAGUGACAUGUUAGAUGUGAAAAAUUGCCUUGAGACAUUCUUUAACAGGUUACAUGUUCUACAAAGAUUUCUACUUGACAUUAACAUGGCUAGAAAACAUCAAGAAAUUCUACAACUGGCAGUUCAAAAAGACAAAAGUCGUGGCAAGCAGACAACACAUGAAGCUGUUGCUCACUUGGUGGCGCUGUUCCCUUUGUUAACGUCUGCUGUUACUGAAACUCUACAAAAUACAGAAAUUCCAAGUUUUGAAACUGCUACAAAGGUACUGGAAGGGUUACAAUGGAUAUACAGGCUGUAUGAAUCAGCUGCUACCACGUUACACAGUCCUGAGGCAGCUUCUAGACUGGCACUCUUCUGGAAAUGGCUACACAAGAAGUUGUUGGAUGGUUCCCUUGGAAACUUAAGUGAUAGUCUAAAUGUGUCACCCAUUGUUACUAUACUACAAGGAAUUCUGGGGAAAGAUGACAGGAAGUGGAAGUUAUUCAUAAAGUUCUGGAGGUCAUGGGGUCAUCCUGCCCCAUAUUCAAGUGAAACUGAUGCAGAAUUGACAGUUAAAGCUGUCAGACUGUUCAAGUUGCUUGACUUUAGUUGUACAAAGUCAGAACUCCUCAAUACACCAAAGGUGAAGUUGAUACAAAGCAGACAACACUUUCUUCUGGAAGCUUGCCAAUGUCUACUGGUAGGAUCAGGAAAUGAAGAUCUUGAAAUGAAAGAGAAAGCUAUUCAUGUAUUACAAGAACUUCUUAGAGACCAUGGCCUUAUUAACAUGGAAACAGAUGGAGUUACCAUGGAAACAGAUGCUGAAUCUCAAAGUAACAAAUCAGAUGACAGCAAGAGGCAAAUACAGCUACCUCUAGACUUUGUACAGUUAUGGCCCUUGUUUGAAUACUCUUCAAUUCUGGGAAGUUGGAGGAUGCUUGGUGACCUUUGUGUGACCCAGUCAGAUAAUGAGAGAGCUCAGUCAUUGGUCGAUUAUGCAGCACAGUUCACACCCAUGUCUCCUACAGACCUUAGCUUCCUGAUGAACAUGACAAAUGAAAAAGAGGUGUCACUACCAGCCACUGUCAGGCAUGUUUUAUAUAGAAUCAGACAUUGUUGUGCAGUUAACAAUACAACAUACUGGCUAGAAUGGUCAGAUUUACCUAAGCAGGCCCCAGAAGACAUUAGCAGUAGUAAAAAGUUGAACAUGCAUCAAGCUGUAUUGUCGUUCAUGCUGAGUAACCUGUUAUCCAGAGCAGACGACAGUGUAACCGUGACAAUUCCCUCCAAUGUGAAGAUCAGUGCUCCAUUGAAGAGUUACACAAGGGAAAUCACUCAGAUGUCUCACAUAUCCAGACAUAUUUGGGCACAUGUUGGAGAUUACAGUGACGGUCAUAAACAACCACAAGCUCUAGACAUGUCAAGUCUAUAUGCAUCGUUGGUACAUACACUGAAAUCCUGCAAACCUCUGAUGGACACAGAUCAAGAGUUAUCACGUAUGUUAGAUACACUGUCUACAUCAGAUAUCUCACAGAAAUCAUUUGAAGACCUUGAUCAACUUCUGACAAGAUGUUGUUCUCAUCUAGACACAACCAGCAGUGAACAACUGAACAAUGUUCGUACAAGCAUGCAGGCUGUGAUAACUGAUCAGUCACAUGACUUAGGUGCACUGGGAGUUGCGUGGAUUAAUCUGGGACAAUUCAGUAUGAGAAUGCUAGCACCACAGGGACCUGUAGAUCCUGUAGAGAAGGUGACAAUAAAACUACAGUUGCUAAGAGACGAGUUAGGAGAUAUUGAUACAGAGCUGGAAGUAUUGUGUAUGCACCAUAGACUGGUUACAGGUCAUGACCUAUUAGAAGUUUCAUCUGGACUGGUUCACCCUCGUGUACAGUACCUUAGAAACCAGUCUGAUAAACUGAAAGCUCAGAUAGAGGACCUGGAAAAACAAGUUGCAUACAGACCUUCACCAUCACAGUAUAAUCAGUUGGUGGUAGAUAUUCGAAACUUUAUGGAGAGUGUAUCAUCUACUGAAAAUGUUGCCAAACUUGUGAAGAAACUUAAAGCUCAGAUAAACAGACCGUCCAAAAACAUGACUGCACUACAGGAAGUGGAAUUAUGGGAAAGGUCACAGGACAAGUUCAUAGAGACUGUAGAAGCAGAAUAUCCUCUAUACAGAGAUAUAACUGCACCUUUCUUGUCAGCAAUACAACAGAUGGUCCAUGGUAUGAGUGUAUUGUCUCAUACAGCUAGACAAAAUAUUCUGCUGAAACAACUUGUCAAAACAGCUGAUGUAGCAACAGCAAAAGCUUGCCUAGAGAAGAUUGUUGUUUUAGUGGGCAAGUUUCCAACUUUGUCACAUCAACAACCUUCAUGUCAUCAUUUAGCAAUGACCUUGACCUCUGACACCAGCCUCAGUUUGAUGAAAACAGCUCUUUCUCAAUCAGAAUCUGAGGAAAUUAACCUGUCACAAGUUGCUUCAGACAGUGUGUUAUCUAGUUGCUUGUUUAUGGUACACAAUGCCGUCAGCAUAAGGAAGGAGUUGACCUCUGACCUUGUGAUGACCUUGACCAAGAUUCUGGAGAUGUAUGUGUUGUCAUGGCAACAGGCAGAAGAGGAAAGGAAGGCCAAGGAGGAAGAGGAUGCUGUUCUGUAUCGCUACAAGUCACAGGUACAUGGAGAUGAGAGAAGUGAGGAGGAGCAACAAGAGGCCGACUUCCAGGAAAACUUCCCUCAAUUUACACAAGACUUUGUUGAUCUGGUUGGACCUAAAUCUUUUGAAGAUUCCACUGUUCGUAAGGAAGAUGAACCUGUAACAGAAGCUGCAGCAGAUGUUACUUUCAAAGUGACAAGCACACAGAUGACACAGAUCUUCCUUGUCUAUCAGAAGCUUUACAAGCACCUGGUCAACACAGACUGGUAUCAGCCAAUCAAAGUUGAGCCUCUGCAACUACAUGAUUGGAUCAAACCAAUUCUGUCAAGUUACACUGCAGCUUCUUGUCUGUCCAAGCAACUAAUAGAUGUUCUGAGUAGUAGUGUAGAUAAAGAGCUAUUGGGAGGACAUCUGGUGGUGUCAGCAGUACAACAGUUCUAUAUUCUUCAAGCCAACCAACAGUGUUCAAGUCCACUUGUGCCUGACAGAAAUGUUUAUGACAUUUACCAUGAUACCAAUGUUCCUGAAGUUAUACAAUGUUUGCCUGUUCUAAAUUGUCUACGUGUACGUGUCCAUGAACUUCAGCAAGAAUGGCCUGACCAUCCUACUCUAAAACAGUUGUGUGAGAUAAUGGAAAGAAUAGAAAGUUUCCCUAUCACAAGUCCUGUGAUGAAAUUUCUUACUGGUAUUGAGUUACUUCUACAAACAGCACAGGAUUGGGAGAGCAAUGCUUCCCAACAUGUUUCCAUGGCAACCCAGUUAGCUGAUAUAUCAAGACUUAUAGUACAAUGGAGAAAACUAGAAUUAAGUUGUUGGCUGAAUGCACUUGACACAGAGUUACAUAAAUAUAGAUCCUCAGCCAGUAAAUGGUGGUUCCAUCUAUAUCAAGUUGUUAUGUCCAUUUUACAACCUCAGGAGUCAGAUGAAGCUAGCACUCUGGAUGAUGUAAUCAAAUCACUGAAACAUUUUGUCGAACAAGGUACCCUCGGUGACUUUCAAACUAGACUUGAAAUGUUGCUGAGUUUCCAUUGCAAUCUGGUUACCAUGACAACAUUUGAGGGUCAAUCUGUUGCCAUAACAACAACAGAAUCACAACUGUCAGAAACAAUGGAAACAGUAAGAAAGGAUCUGCAGAAUGUGUUAUGGAAUAUGUACCAGUUUUACUCUAGGUUUAGUCCAUCCAUACAAGCAGAGCUUGAUAGACAGAGGGCACCUUUGGAGAAAGAGCUUAAGGGAUUUGUAAAGAUUGCACGCUGGUCAGACAUUAAUUAUUGGGCACUGAAACAGGCUACUGAGAAAACACACAGAACAUUGCAUAAACAUAUAAAACAUUUUCAGAGUAUUAUGGAGCAGCCAGUGAAGGGGAUUAUGGGAGAUGUAGACACUGGCUCUACCACAUCAGGGGCAGAUCACUCUAUUUGGUCAGAUAAAUUGAGUCAAUACCAAGACAACUUUCAAAGACAGAUACAACAGUUCAAGGUGAAGGAGCAGCAGACGGCAGUAUUGUUGUCAGCGGAGAGAUUCCCUCUACAGUAUAAACUUGUACAUCUGUGUACACGAUUAAACAAGCAUUGGAGACAGAUUGUUAACUCAGCACAAUAUUGUCACAAUAUCAUAACCCUAGACGCAUUUACAG